AUGGUUCAUCUUCGUCCUGUUACAUCGGAUCCCACAAGCACAAUGCCUUCUCCUACCCACACACACGUAGACACAGCCUCCAUCCUGUCAAGGUCUCUACCUGCUAAAUCCCCAAACCCUUCCGACAGUCGCAAAUCACUUCAGUCUAACCCCGACGUCCAAAAAAUCGAACUCGUACAAGAUGACCAGGUUGACCCUAGUCCGUUUAAAUUCAGGCCCGUCGAGUUGGCCAGUCUUCUCGACCCAAAAAAUCUCGACGCACUCGAGGCUUUAGGAGGUAUCGACGGCCUUCUUCAUGGCCUAGGAACUGACCGUUCUCGGGGUCUAACAAUAACCGCCACUGCAGACAACAAAUCAGGUGCUGGUCUAGGCAACUCUCAAAGGCAUGAUCGGCAACCUUUGUCUGUACACGAUCAUCCUGACCUUCAAAUGCCCGACGGCCCUCAUUCGGCGUUAAUGGAAGAUCGCAAGCGUGUAUUUGGUGAAAACGUGCUUCCACAGCGAACAAGCAAAAGUCUACUUGCCCUCAUGUGGCUCGCCUUGCAAGAUAAAGUUCUUGUCUUGUUGUCUAUCGCAGCCGUAGUUUCUCUCGCCCUUGGCUUGUUUCAAGAUUUUGGGACGCCUCAGACUACCGGCGAACCCCCAGUAGAUUGGGUGGAAGGUGUUGCCAUCAUGAUUGCGGUUCUCAUUGUCGUUGUCAUUGGCUCGAUAAAUGAUUGGCAGAAAGAACGUCAAUUCAAGGUUCUCAAUGAGAAAAAAGAAGAACGUGGGGUCAAAGUCAUCCGCAACGGCGUCGAACGUCUCAUUGAUGAAGUCGUGGUCGGCGAUGUGGCAUUAUUAGAACCCGGCGAAAUAGUCCCCUGCGACGGCAUCUUCUUAACCGGCUACAACGUCAAGUGUGAUGAAUCAGCGGCAACUGGCGAGUCGGAUGCUAUCAAAAAGGCGUCUUAUGCAGAUUGUAUGGCACUGAAACACGCGGGUGACUGCGCACUCGGAGGGGAGCACAUAUCUACGCACACGGACUGUUUUGUUGUCAGCGGUAGCAAGGUUCUGGAAGGCAUCGGAAGCUACGUCGUCGUCGCAGUUGGCACGAAGAGCUUUAACGGCAGGAUCAUGAUGGCCCUUAGGACGGAGACGGAGCACACGCCCCUUCAGUUGAAGCUCAACCUCUUGGCUGAAUUAAUCGCGAAGAUUGGAAGUAUUGCCGGCAUCAUUCUCUUCUCCUCUCUGAUGAUCAGAUUCAUCGUGCAACUCGCUAAAGGCCAGCCUUCCAGGUCUGCCGACCAAAAUGGUAUGGCUUUUGUCCAGAUUCUCAUCAUCUCGGUCACGUUGGUCGUGGUCGCCGUUCCAGAAGGACUCCCGUUGGCUGUGACUCUCGCUUUAGCAUUCGCCACUAAGAGGAUGACGAAAGAAAACCUCCUGGUACGCGUCUUGGGCUCUUGCGAGACGAUGGGCAACGCCUCCGUCAUCUGCACCGACAAGACCGGUACGCUCACUCGCAACGUCAUGUCCGUGGUCGCAGGCUCCAUCGGGAUCCAUGCCAAAUUUGUGCGCAAACUAGAACACAAUCAAGCCCGCACAAACGCGAACAGAAGCCGAAGCCCGCAUAGGAACUCUGAUUCGAAACCUCCCCGCGAUGAUUUCAGUAUCGAUCAAUCAAUGCUUAACACCGUUCUGAGCCGACCGCUUCUUUCGCUAUUUAAUGCCGCUAUCACUGUGAACUCUACUGCAUUUGAGGACGUGGAGAAGGAAAGUGGGGAGCGCGUAUUCGUGGGAAGUAAAACAGAGACAGCGCUCUUGAACUUUGCCAAGGAGCUUGGAUGGGCAGAUUGUAAGGAGACGAGGGAUGCGGCAAAGGUCGUGCAGAUGUUUCCAUUUUCCAGCGAUCGCAAGGCUAUGGGCGUGGUGGUCAAAACCGAGCAUGGAUAUCGCUUCCACGUCAAGGGCGCUAGCGAGAUUCUGACAAAGCUGUGCAGCAGCCAUGUCGUUGUAGACCAGCAUGGGAGUACUCGCUCCUCUACUGAUGACGUCGAGGUGGCGGAGAUCGAUGGCUUCUCGGAAGAAAACAUCUCCAGGACUAUCAUCUUCUACGCGAAUCAGACUCUGCGAACUAUGGCCCUGUGCUAUAGGGACUUUCCGACUUGGCCACCACCAGGGGUGCAAGCCACUGCGAUCGACGAAGUCCCAUACGAUGACAUCGCUCAAGAGCUCACACUGAUCGGAAUCGUCGGGAUCGAAGAUCCGCUCAGAGAUGGUGUUCGAGAAGCAGUGGACAAUUGUCACAAAGCCAGUGUCGCUGUGAAGAUGUGUACAGGUGAUAAUGUGCUAACGGCGCGUUCAAUCGCUACGCAGUGCGGUAUAUACACGGCCGGCGGCAUCAUCAUGGAAGGACCCGUCUUUCGCCAGCUUGACGAAUCGCAGAUGCUCGAGAUCGUUCCACGGCUCCAGGUCCUCGCUCGUUCGUCGCCUCAAGACAAGAAGAUACUGGUGGAGAAGCUUCGUGCGCUCGGGGAGAUCGUUGCCGUCACUGGCGAUGGUACGAAUGACGGACCCGCUCUCAAAACAGCGCACGUAGGGUUCUCCAUGGGCAUAGCAGGGACAGAAGUAGCCAAAGAGGCGUCUGACAUUAUUUUGAUGGACGACAACUUCUCUUCCAUCGUCAAGGCGAUCAUGUGGGGUCGUUGCGUGAACGACGCAGUUCGGAAAUUCCUACAGUUCCAGAUCUCCACCAACGUUACUGCUGUGGUGAUCACUUCCGUAACCGCCAUCGCUUCUAGUUCUGAGACGUCGGCGCUGUCGGCCGUUCAGCUGUUGUGGAUCAAUAUCAUCAUGGACACGUUCGCUGCGCUUGCGCUUGCCACGGACCCUGCAUCGCCGGCGUUACUCAACCGGACGCCUGAUAAGCAGACGGCACCGCUUUUCACUGUGGAUAUGUACAAGCAGAUCUUGUUGCAGUCCGUCUACCAGAUCACCGUCAUCCUACUAUUCCACUUCCUUGGCAUCCAGAUCCUGGGCUUUGCCGAGACAUCGAACAAUGACACCAUUGUACAGACGCUCGUCUUCAAUGCGUUCGUUUUUGCUCAGAUAUUCAACUCGGUGAAUUCGCGAAGGCUGGAUCGGAGGCUCAACAUCUUUGAAGGCAUGCUUGACAAUUGGUACUUUAUGGCUAUCACCCUCAUCGAGAUCGCUGUGCAAGUGAUCAUCGUGUUCAUCGGGGGCACCGCAUUCCAGGUGACGCGUAUUGGAGGUCGCGAAUGGGGCAUCUCACUCGCCCUUGGCUUUGUAUCCAUCCCCCUUGGUGCGAUCAUCCGCCUGCUGCCCAACGGACCCUUUGAACGCCUCUUUAUCCUCAUGCGCUUACUGCCCAAACGCCAAGGCGGUCUUCCAAAAGUUCGCCCAGAGGUUGAAUGGAACUCUGCGAUUGAACUUGUGCGUGAUAAUCUCGCCACGUUCGCUAACCUGCGGGGCGGGCGACUUCGUUCGUCUUCAUUCGUCGUCAAGAGUCGUCAGGCUAGAUUACACGAUGACAAACGUGUUCCUCUCCCUUCGUUGAUGACCAUGGUCCCGACGCUUAUUGCAUCUUCCAUCGGGGCUGGCUGGGCACCACAAUCACGCGGUACUCUAUCGGACCCUGCUCGCUACGAUCCCUCGAAGUCCUCUGCUGCCCUCUGGGAAGGCAGGCUCCAAAUUCAUCCCGAUACGAAGCCAGAUGAUGCACUGUAUCACACAAAAUGGGGUCGCGGAAACCGUCCGUCCGCGGUGUAG